GAUCAACGUCGGCGCUGUCGGCUGGUUGAAAAACGGUCAAACGGAACUCAAAGCAGCACGCUCGAAAUAUUCGCGUCCCUAAAAAAUAACUAUUUAAAUACAAAAAAAAAAACUCUUAACAUAUACAUUCAAGUGCAUAUUUUUUUUAAUUUUUUUAGUGCAGUGAAACUGUUUUUUCGCGUUACGAUCGCAAAUGCCUUUGUGGAAUUAUUGAUACCAAAUGCCAGUCUCGGCGAAACGGUUACUUCGGAAUUUUCAGCUCACCAGGUGCGAUCGGAAUGGCAAAAUGUUGAUUCACCUGCUGCUCAUCGUUUCGCUUCUGGAAGCAAUUGGCGCCUUUCAGCCGGAGUUCGUGGAGAGCAUUUCCAACGUGUCCGUGGCCGUCGGACGCGAUGCAACCUUCACGUGUCACGUCCGACAUUUGGGAGGCUAUCGGGUGGGCUGGCUCAAGGCCGACACUAAGGCCAUCCAAGCCAUCCACGAGAACGUAAUCACGCACAAUCCUCGCGUCACGGUCAGCCACUUGGACCAGAACACGUGGAAUCUGCACAUAAAGGCGGUUUCCGAGGAGGAUCGUGGCGGUUAUAUGUGCCAACUGAACACGGAUCCGAUGAAGAGCCAGAUUGGCUUCCUGGACGUCGUGAUUCCGCCGGACUUCAUCAGCGAGGACACAUCCUCCGAUGUGAUUGUGCCGGAGGGCAGUUCCGUGCGAUUGACAUGUCGGGCCCGCGGUUAUCCGGAACCGAUUGUCACCUGGCGGCGCGAAGACGGCAACGAAAUUGUCCUGAAGGACAAUGUGGGCACCAAGACCCUAGCACCCUCUUUUCGCGGCGAGGUGCUAAAGCUAUCAAAGAUCUCGAGGAACGAGAUGGGCUCCUAUCUGUGCAUCGCCUCCAACGGAGUGCCCCCAUCGGUCUCAAAGCGCAUCUCCCUCAGCAUACACUUUCAUCCGGUCAUCCAAGUGCCGAAUCAAUUAGUCGGCGCACCACUUGGCACUGAUGUCCAAAUCGAGUGUCACGUCGAAGCCUCGCCCAAAUCAAUUAACUACUGGAUUAAGGACACGGGUGAGAUGAUUGUGACAUCCGGCAAGUAUCAUGUGCAGGAGAGCUCGCAGUCCAUGUACGAGACCAAAAUGUCAAUGAUAGUCAGGAAGUUCCAAAAGGACGAUGUCGGAUCCUAUCGCUGCAUUGCCAAAAACUCGCUGGGCGAAGUCGACAGCAGUAUCCGCUUAUACGAAAUCCCCGGACCGAAUCGCAAUAAAAAUCCGUUGAACGGCGGCGGAAAAGGUGGUGGAGGGGCCGGCGGAGUGGGCGGAAGCCUGGAUGCGGACGCCAAUGACAUUUUGAAGCAGAAACAACAAGUCAAAGUCACCUACCAGCCGGAGGACGAGGAGCUGCAGUACGGAUCCGUCGAGGAUUUCGAGGCGGAGGGCGACGAGGGUGGCGGGCUGCCGCACGUUUACUACACCAGCGGCAAUAAACCGGCCACACAUAAGCCGGGCAACUCCGGCGGCAAUCAGCAUCAGCAUCAACAUCAGCAGCACCACCAUCACCACCACCACAACAACCAGCAGCACGGUGGUGCGCCAGGUGGCGGGCUAGCUGGCGGUGGGUCGGGGUCACCUGGUGGCGAAAUGGGAGGAAUCACCCGCAAGCCACCGCCAUAUUACGGCGGCAAUACGGAAGUGCGGGGCCCCAUUGACAACAACGAAAUGAGCUCCGGCUCCGGAGACUCGCGACUGCGUUGGGGUCACCAUCUACCCAUUCUCCUCCUCCCAUUCACGGCGCAGCUCAUCCUGGCCAGGAGUUGGCACUGCCGACAGCCGUUCUUAAUGGGCUUGUCGACCCUGUCCGGCCUUCUGCUCAGCCUCUUAUAAUACGCAGUCUAAUGGAAUCACCAGCACAUUCAACAACUGACUCAACAACACAUGCAGCGAAGGAAAAAAAGGUGGUCUUAAGAACCCCACCACGAGACAUUCAUCAAGCACACCCACUAUCAACCGAAAAGCCAGUUGUAGUAUGUAACAGCUUAAGGAUAUCAACAACACUUUCAUCAACACACAUCCACAGCCCAGAAACACACACAAUGAAGUAAUUUGAACGCAGUCUAAAAACUUCGACAACGAAACACAGCACACCACACAUUAUAAGGUUUAUAAUUCAUUGUCCAAGGGACUUACAACACUUCACCAUACAUUAACUAACAGUCUUUAGAUCACUAACUCUCGAUCAGAUAACACAAUUGUUAUGUGUGAAUAGUCCAAGGGACAAGGCAUCUAACUAAAUUCUAGCCAAACACUAGACAACACUUUCAUCAACAAAUGUUUUAGUGUGUACAGUUCGCAGGGACUAAACAUUCACCGAUCGUUAAGCAAGGACACUUUCACAGACAGUUUCUCAACCGUAAAGAGAACGAGUACAUAAAAGAAACAUGUUGUAGUAGAAAAUGUUAAAUUGUUUAUAACAUUAAUGAAAAACGAAAAACAAAAAACAGGGAUGGCAUUUGGAUGCAUCCAUAUUUAGUGAAUGUAUUUAAUGCAAGAAUUUCUAGUGUUACUGAGACAUUUUUAAGGGGGUUGCACGGUUAAUGAAUCACAGCUAGCCUAAGGUAAAAUGGUACCCUAAAGCAUUUACAGUGUACCGGGCACUGAGAAAAAAUCAGAGUCCAAUUGGGACAACAUCUCGUUUUUUUUUUGCAGAGCAUAAUUAUGAAUGGAAUUUUAGGAGUAACAAGAUAGCACGAUAAGAAAAAACACUUGUUAUUUAUUGCUUUCAAGUCUACAACUUUGACUAUACUCAUUAAUAAUCAGCCCUUUUUUUGUUGAUUUUUCUCAUUUAUAUUUGGUGGCUAGCACACCUUUUUGCCAAUUUCCAAUUUCCCAAACCGAUUUACAAAACUCUUGGAAAGGUCAAUUAAUAUAGAAAAGUAACACAAAACAAGGGGAACUCAAUUUCUUCUACUUUGCUUUUGUUAUUCGUUAAUUUAGGCUACUCCUGACUGACUUUUGUUGAUUUGUUCAACUUUGAUUGACACUUGCGAGGUUGCACAAAAGGGUGUGAGUUUAUGAUAAAUAGACCCAGAACUUUUUUCUAAUUUAUUUUUUGUCAGCAGAUUUGUUAAUUGUGUUGCUGCUGUACCUUAAAAUAUAUUUUGAUGCAAAUGAUUUACACACAAACGGCGAUGCCCUUUUACGCCUUCAUACACUGCUUGUAACCCCUUACCAACUAUUUCUUCGUGUUUGCCAAAAGUUUUUCUUUCCCUUUGCUUUAUUUCCCAAGUCUUUGCAGAGGAGUGUUGUUUAUUCUUUAUUUCGUUUUUUUUUUGUGGCAACGUGUGUGUGUGUUUUUUUUUUUUUUGCAAAUGUGUGUGUGUGGCAGCUGUGGGGCACAAGUUGUGGACACAGAAAACUCUCGGCUCCCAUCUGCGUUGCAUUUGCUUUUGAUGAAUUACUUGCAUGUCAGUUAACCACACACACAUAUUACACCCACACAGCUACGUUUUUAAUGAAAUGAAAACUUUUUGGCAAAGUGAAUUUCAUUGUAAGCAGCCCCAAAACCUCGAGACUCCCCAAAAACCCAAAACAAUCCUCUGCCAGAACUUAAAACUAAAAUAAAAAAAACAACGAGACAGCUACAAAUAUACAAAACCGCGAAAAGCUGCCACUGAUGAUGAUAAUAAGAUGCUGACAACCGCAGCAACAGCUAAAUGAACAUCGGCAGCAAAAGCAAAAGGCGGCAGCAACCCAAUAAACAUGUCACCAAAGCUGGGCCAAAAUGUGGGGGUGUCCUAGCUACGUUGACACAAGUGCUUCAAAUUACACGGACCCCCAAGAAAAGGAAGCCAAGCAGCAACGUACAACAUCGAGAACUAGUCAACCGGCAGUAACACUUUUCCUGAUGUUGCAUGGUGCUGCUGGUGCUGCUGCUGCUGCUGCAGUUGCUGCUGCCAUUGUCCACUGAUGAUGUUGUUGCUGCUCGUGUUGUUGUUUGUCAGUCUCCUCGUGUUGCUACAGGAAAAGCUAUGCUAAGCAUUUACAUUUGGUUUUAAUAAUUUAAGGGGCUUUUGGCUGAAUAGCAAAGGAGACAUUUUUAAUAAUUUAUAUCACAUUGUUCUAUGUGUCAAGGCAUUGCUGCCACCAAAGUCACUUUAUUUUAAUAGCUUCAUAACCGACACUUGAUUAAGAAAUGCGGAAACAUACGGCUUACAGACGUACAUUUCGUAAUCUUUUUCGUUUUCCUGAUAUUAAGAGCCUUAAUUGAACUACGCAAACAUUCAGCUUCUAAAAUCAACAUAAGAAUUGCAAGUACAUCUACAUUUCUGCUCCAAUUUGGUUGGGUUAUUUCCAUUAUUAGUGCAGUUCUUGUCACACGGGCUAAUUCGAAGCAUGGUGUUGCUGCGGGGAUGUUGCAACUGCCACUGAAGUUGCUGCUGUACGUUUCACUCGUGUAGUUGCUUCUGCAGCAGCUUCUUUUGUUGUUAUCGCUGAUGAUGCUGCUGUUGCCACAUUUGAUGCCUUUAAAAUCGCGCAUCCUUUGUUGUCCUUUGUUGCGUUGCGUAAAUAGCACAACAAAUAUAAAUACACAGCAGCAAUAAUGCCAGACAAACAUGCACAAAAGGACAAUCACAGUGGGAGAAAUUGUGGUUAAAUCUAAUUGGUUCAACUGCAUUCAGAAUUUGGCAAUAGACUCAUUUAAUUGUUUAAAUCAUUUAUUUUGUGUAGCGCAUGUAGGGUAUACUAAUCAUUUUGUAAUGUUUUUCUAUUAAAUAGUAAACUGUUUUAUAAUUGUCUCUGUAGACCUUUUCCGGUGUACGUGUGCAUUUUGCUGCUUAUGAUUGUUAUGGAGCCACAGUUUGAGUUGUUUUUUGGGGCUUUCCGCGACACUUGUAAUCAAGUUUUUCCGCGCGCAAUGGUGUGUGUGCGUGUGAGUUCUGCCGUCUCUGUCUGUCCAAGUGUUGCCUACUUUUGUGGGCGGGUAAAACGGCGCGUUGACUGGGUGUGGCGGGGGGAGAAGCGCUUAAUUGCUCUAUUUGAUGCCGUCAAAUUGUAUUUUAAUUUCACAUUUCCCUUUUUAACAUUCCUUGCUGUGACUGCUGUCCUUUAGUGGCUUUUGUUUUGGAAAAAGGGAAUUGAUUUUAAUAUGCGACGAGAAAUCUCCCAAAUGUGUUUCCUGGCAAAUUUUUCUUUUAAUUUUCUUUUGGUUUUAUUACUCUAAAAUAUCAAUUAUUUUCAUUACACAUAUUCCAAUGAUUUUUCGAGACUUGCUGUACUUUAAUAAUAUUUUGCAGGCACGAUUUGGGACAUCCUCAUCAUGAGUUAUAUCUGACUUCGUCAUAAUUUUGGUGUCCAUUUUUUUGGCGUUCCUUUUUCCAACCGUCUUUGGUUUACUGCGGUUUAUUGUGUUAUGCAGUGUGGCGAACUUGUAUCUAUUUAAAUUUUGUGUGUGGCAACAUGUUUAUUUUAUAACCCCAAGGCAAGAGGAAAAUUCAGGGGGAGUUUGGGAGUUUGCUUCAUGUUUGACGGAAGUUUAAUUGAAUACACCGCUUACUUGGCGGUGGGCGGGGAAAAUGUACUUGUGUGCGUGUGUUGGCCGCAAAACAUUUUCCGCAUUUUCCGGGGAAAAGACAGGACAGCAGCUCGCUAAAACAAAUGGCAAUCAAGUUGAAUUGUUACACACACACAUAAAGGGGCGUUGAAAAGCGGUGGCAUGGAUGAUACGUAGGGGAAAGUAAAAGCAAAAUAUAGCGAAAAUAUGAGCAAAAUAAGUGCGGAGUCUGUCAGCCGCUGACUGAAAUUUACUCAACUUUUUUGAUUUAAUAAUGAAAUGAGUGUCGGUUUGAAUAUUCCUUUAAGUGUAUAUGUAUGGCACUGGGGGUGUGAGUAUGUGUAAGUAUGCGAAUGUGUGUACACUCCUGUAUCCCGGUAAAUGGCUUCGCUUUGUAAUGUCUCAAUGGCUGACAAGCGGCUGUCGAGCAACAGCUGGAUAAAUAAGUUGAGCACUGUUAAAAACUCUGCCCAAAUUACUACACAAAUAUGCUCCAUAAAAAAUGUUUUAAAAUUCACGUUUGAUGGUAUAGCAUAGCCCAAUAAUGGGGAACAGAAUAGCCCGUUUGUUAAUAGUUUUCUUCGGAAUAUAUGUUUUUUUUUAAUUAAUUCAUCGAGCUCUCCUCGCAAAGACGGUUCCCAGUUUAGUAUAAAAAUAUUUGUUUAAUAAGAACAUUUUCCACUGGUUCUAUUGGUUUAUUUGGCUAUUGAUUUGUAUUGAAACGUAUUGAUUUCAUUGUUUGUUGUAACACGUUUUUUGACCCCCCUUUUUCUACGUGUUUUGGCCAAAGCCAAUAGUCCAGCUUGAACCAAAUUUUUGGCUUGCAGCCGUAUCUUUUCAUCAGUUUGUGAUGACUGCCGGGCGGCCGAGCGAGAAAUAAAAUUAAACAAAUACGAGAUAACAAGCCACUCCAGCAGCAGAAAUUCAUUUACAGCUGCUUCAGGUUGCUGGUUGCAACUUGCAAGUUGCAUGUUGCUCGUAUGUGUGGGCAGCACUCGAAGAACGAAGGACGAAGGACUGAGUUCUCAGUACUGAGCACUCGUACACUGAGUACUCAGGCCUUUAGGACACUUGGUCCCCUCUGGCCACAUGCUCGAAUUAAUUAAAUUGAAAUUUUAUUUGAGUCCUGCUCGUCCCCAUUGUGCAACAGUUGUCCUACUGCAGGAUCCUUUGUGCAUUUGUUGCAUUUUAAUUAAGAGCUGCUUUGUGCUGUCCCUGGAACAAUGAAACCAAAUCUAGCCACAACAUCUAAGCAACCCCCUGCGCAUUUAUAAAUAUACAGUAGAAUCCGGUUAUAGCUACUUUCAAGGGACCGAUUUUACGUCGUUAUACCCGGAAGACGCACUAACAGAAAGGUGGAAAGAAAAACUUUUUUUGUUUAUUUAAUGAUUGGCAUGUUCGUAAUAUGUUUUAACAUAAAAAUAUUCAUUUUUUAAUUAAAAAAAAUGUAAUCAAUUUAAUUUAAUAACAUGGGUUUUUCAUUAGAAAAAAACAGAAAAAAACUAGAAAUAUGGCGAAAACGCUGAUUAAAAAUAUCAGAUUUUACAAAACAUUUUUUUUCCGAUUUUUUGAUACAAAUAAUCCGUUUUUUUUUAUAGCAACAAAAAAAAUUAUAUUUUGAAAUUAGUUUAUUUCAAAAAUUGGUUGUUUUGCUUAGUUAUACCCAUUGAUAUGCCCAUUAAUUUUUCAAACACUAAGUCAUUAAAAGCUUAGAUAAAUGCAUUCGGCCCAAUAUAAAAUAUUUCUUUAUUUAGCAACUCUUUUAUUUUGAACACAGUUGCAGAUGACCAGUUCUUUUGGUUUGUGUAUAAAGCAAAUGCUAAAUUUGUAUUGGAAGUUUGUAAAAAGGUCUUACAUUUAUGCAAAUCAUAGUUAUUAAAUUGGACUCUACAAGCAUCAGAUCCAUUAAAGGUUGUUCAUAUGCUAAGCGGGAUAUAUCUCCCUUUAUGGUACUGUACUUAUAUCAAAAAAAAAAUCGAAUUACACAAUAAUAUUAUGUGCCAUUAUUAGCAGACAUAAAUGCUGAACGAAAAUAAAUAAGAUAAACUAGAAGAAAUGUUAUAGAAUCCUGGAAUCUUUCAACUUUUUAAAUUCUGUAUAUAGUUUUGUUGUGACUAAAAUCCAUUUAAAUGUGUAAUACAUAAUUUUCCAUUGCGUUGCUUUUACAUUACUAUUAGCCCAUAAGCCUAAAAUUGUAUAUAAGAAAAGUUAAAGCUAAAAUAAACUGUAUAUAGCCAACGAGGAUAAACUGUAAUGUGUAUUUAGGAUGGAUUUAAGGAUCAAUCAAUGACGUUCACACAAAACAAAAAACUGAAGCUUAAUCAAAGUUCUCUUGAUAAUCCCCCUGAAAAAAUUGAGAGCCGCUCUAUAUAAACCAGCAGUAAACGCAUAAAGUAAAGUAUAUCUUAUAUAUAAUAAAUAAACAAGCAUAUAUAUACAAGACAAAUUAUAUAUAUUAUGGUAAACGAACAAAUUCUACAAAUAAAGGACAAAAAUAUAUUUAUUAAAA